AUGGCUGCCCGCUGGGACUUGGACAAGAUGAAGGACGGUAUAGGGGAGAAGCUGGGCGUGUUCACCUACCUGAUGGUCUCCUUCAUCUCCUCCAUCAUCAUAUCGUUCGUCUACGGUUGGAAGUUGACCCUGGUCGUGCUGAGUUGCGCGCCCAUCAUCGUGAUCGCGACCGCCGUAGUGGCCAAAGUUCAGAGCUCGUUGACGGCCCAGGAGUUGAACGCGUACGGCCAGGCGGGGAACGUGGCCGAGGAGGUGUUGGGCGCCAUCAGGACCGUGAUCGCGUUCAACGGGGAGCAGAAGGAAGUGAACAGAUACGCGGAGAAGUUGAUACCCGCGGAAAAGACCGGGAUCAAGCGCGGUAUGUGGUCGGGCGUUGGUGGCGGAGUUAUGUGGUUCAUCAUAUACAUCAGUUACGCCAUCGCGUUUUGGUACGGCGUCCAGUUGAUCCUGGAGGACAGGCCAAAGGAGAUGAAGGAGUACACGCCCGCGGUGCUGGUGAUCGUGUUCUUCGGCGUGUUGGCCGGUGCCCAGAACAUGGGCCUCACCUCCCCUCAUCUCGAGGCGUUCGCCGUGGCGCGAGGCUCGGCCGCGGCCAUUUUCCAGGUGCUCGACCGCGUGCCCACGAUCGACAGUUUGAGCAAGGAGGGGCAGAAGCUUCCCGCCGUGAACGGGGAGAUCGAGUUCAAGAACGUGCACUUCCAGUAUCCGGCUAGAAAGGACGUGAAGGUGUUGCAGGGAUUGAACCUGACCAUCAAUCGGGGCGAGACCGUCGCCCUCGUCGGAGGAUCUGGCUGCGGCAAGUCCACUUGCCUCCAGUUGAUCCAACGACUCUACGAUCCUCACAAGGGACAGGUUCUGCUGGACGGCGUGGACGUGUCGAAGCUGAACGUGCAGUGGCUACGCUCGCACAUAGGCGUGGUCGGGCAGGAGCCUGUGCUCUUUGACACGACGAUACGGGAGAAUAUCCGGUACGGAAAUGACAGCAUCACCGAGGAGGAGAUGAUCAAAGCGGCGAAGGAAGCGAAUGCCCACGACUUCAUCAGCAAACUGCCCGAGGCGUACGACAGCCCGGUGGGUGAGAGGGGGUCGCAAAUGUCGGGCGGGCAAAAGCAGAGGAUCGCGAUCGCUCGCGCCCUGGUCAGACGGCCGGCCAUACUUCUGCUGGACGAGGCCACCUCCGCGUUGGAUCUUCACAGCGAGGCCACCGUGCAGAGAGCUUUGGACGCUGCCUCGAAGGGAAGGACGACGAUAGUCGUCACUCACAGAUUGUCCACCAUCACGAACGCCGAUAGGAUAGUGUUUAUAAAGGACGGCCAGGUGGUGGAGCAGGGUACCCACGAGGAAUUGUUGGCCUGCAAGCAUUAUUACGGAUUGGUGUCGGCCGACGCCAGCGCCACCGCCAGAGCGAAGGCGACUGCCUCAGCCGCGAAGACGGUGACCGCGGCUAUACCGAAGCAGAAGCCACCGUUGAAGAGGCAAUUCUCCACCCUGUCGAUGCACUCCCAUCGAUUGUCGUUGGCCGGCGCAUCCGAGACCUCGGCGAAUCAAUUGGAGGAGCACGAGAAACCGUACGACGCGCCCAUGAUGAGGAUAUUCGGGCUCAAUAAACCGGAAUGGCCGUACAAUAUCAUCGGAUGUCUGGCGGCGGCGAUGGUGGGCGCCUCGUUCCCCGCGUUCGCCGUCCUCUUCGGCGAGGUGUACUACGUGUUGGGGCUUCAAGACGACGAGGAAGUGCGGCGGGAAACCGUCAACUUCUCCAUCCUGUUUCUGGUGGUCGGGGUGGUGACCGGCCUCGGCACCUUCCUACAAAUGUACAUGUUCGGGUUGGCGGGGGUGCGAAUGACCACGAGGAUCAGAAAGAUAACGUUCGCCGCGAUGCUGAAGCAGGAGAUGGGCUGGUACGACGAGGACACGAACAGCGUGGGCGCGCUCUGCGCCAGACUUUCGUCGGACGCGGGCGCCGUGCAGGGCGCGACCGGGACACGGAUAGGCGCCAUUCUUCAAGCCCUGUCCACCCUGGUCCUGGGCAUCGGAUUGUCCAUGUACUACACUUGGAAGAUGACGCUCGUCUCCGUGGUCUCGAUACCUCUGGUGCUGGGCGCGGUGUUCUUCGAGGCGAGGGUGAUGAGUGGGCAGGGGUUGCAGGAGAAGAAGAAGAUGGAGGCGGCGACCAGGAUCGCGAUAGAGGCGAUCUCGAACAUUCGAACGGUGGCCAGCCUCGGCAAAGAGGAGGCGUUCCUUCAGCGUUACUGCUCGGAGCUGGAUCACGUAGCCCAGGCGACAAGGAUCAGGCAGAGAUUGAGGGGAUUGGUAUUCUCGUGCGGCCAGACCACGCCGUUCUUCGGCUACGCUUUGAGCCUGUAUUACGGGGGCGCUUUGGUGGCCACCGAGGGGUUGAAUUAUCAGGACGUGAUCAAAGUGUCGGAGGCGUUGAUCUUCGGCUCUUGGAUGUUGGGCCAGGCGCUCGCCUUUGCGCCCAAUUUCAAUACCGCCAAGAUCUCGGCCGGAAGGAUAUUCAAGCUGUUGGACAGAGUUCCAGAGAUCGCCUCGCCACCGGAUUCCGAGGACAAAGAUCUCGAUUGGAAGGCGGACGGGCUGAUACAAUUCUCCAAGGUGGAGUUCCACUACCCGACGAGGCCCGAGAUGCAAAUUCUUCAGGGAUUGAACUUGAUCGUGAAGCCUGGCCAGAUGGUCGCCCUGGUCGGCCAGAGUGGAUGCGGCAAAUCGACCUGCAUCCAAUUGUUGCAACGACUAUACGACCCGAUCUCCGGCACCGUGACGAUGGACAGGCGCGACAUCUCGUCGGUCUCGUUGCGCAAUUUGAGGUCCCAGCUCGGUGUGGUCGGCCAGGAGCCGGUCCUCUUCGACCGUACCAUCGCGGAGAACAUCGCCUACGGCGACAAUUUCCGGCUGGUGGCCAUGGACGAGAUCAUAGAGGCCGCCAAGAAGUCCAAUAUCCACAGCUUCGUCAGCUCUCUACCGCUAGGAUACGAUACUAGGUUAGGUUCGAAAGGCACGCAGCUGUCAGGAGGACAGAAGCAACGUAUCGCGAUUGCGCGCGCUUUGGUGAGAAAUCCUCGAGUCCUGCUACUCGACGAGGCCACGUCCGCUCUUGAUACUCAGAGCGAGAAGGUGGUGCAAGCGGCCCUGGACAAAGCGAUGGAAGGCAGGACCUGCAUCACCAUAGCUCAUCGGCUGGCGACAAUAAGAAACGCGGACGUGAUCUGCGUCCUGGAGAAGGGGACCGUCGCGGAGAUGGGCACCCACGACGACCUGAUCGCGGCGGAUGGCCUCUACGCCCAUCUUCACGCCCUCCAAGAGGCCGCGAUGGAGUAGACGAGGAGGAGAGUCCCCAAGCGUCCCCUCCUCGUCGAUCGACUCCCCAAGAAGCUAGGAACGGAUCAACCCCCCGCCAAGCGGACGCAGAGCAGAUGAUAUUAUUUCCCCUGGACUCCGUGGAUCGAGAGAGGAGAGGGGCACUCGUAACGGGGCUUUCGUAUAUUUUCACACGGACGGAUAUGCUUCCUUCACCAUCCCUCUCCCGGUUCCUCCCCCAAUUUUAUCACAGAUACAGUGUUCAACGAUACAGUCUCUCGCCAGUUUUAUUCAACCGUGUAUUUCUUCGUUUCUCUCCUCCUCCUCUCGCGCGCCUCCCUCUCGAAAGGAAGGAGGAGGAGGAUCUUUCGCAGCGGACUCGAAUCAUUAAUAGUAAUCUCGUCGAUACGAUUCUUCUUCGUUCGUACCUUGGACGUCUUUUCUUUCACGGUGCUUGCUAUUCUCCGUGAACAACCGAUGAGCGAUGGCCUCGAAAUACCGGAAACUGCACCGUCGAUCGACGAAACCGGAUCGUCUUUGCAUUCGCGCCUUACGAUCCAUCUAGCGGACGAUCGGUUCUUCGAUUCCUUUGUUUUGUUUCGUUUUGUUUUUUUCCCCCACGCAACUCGCGGUGAUCGGUCUCGAUCCGAAUCGACACGACGAAGAAGAAGAAGAAGAAGAAGAAGAAUUCUUCCCGAGCCACGUUCAGCCGCGAUUCGGAUUCGACGCCUCGAAUUCGAUUCUUCGUUUUCGAUCGACGGUCGACGAGGAGAAUACGAAACGACACAUCCGAGUGGAUGGCGAAGGAAGGAAUCGUGAAGGAUACGAAAGAUUCGUGGGAGAUAUCGAAGAGAGGGAGGGGGGGAUAUACGCGCGGAAUUAAGGAGUAGGAACGGCGCGGGAAAGAUAUUAUCCCCGCCGAUUUAUGGGGAUUGAUCGAACGAUACGAACAAUGGGCGACAGGUGUUUUGAAAAAUGGCACGCCGCGAGCCAUGUCCUCUUCUCCGACGACCAUCUUCCAUCCGUAUCGGACGCAUGAAAAAUGUAUGAACGUAUGUAUCAUCCUCCCUCCAUCACCCUCUCUCGAGUCACCACCCUCCUUCUCUCUGCCACUCCGAAACACACACACAUAGAUUUUUAUCCGCCUCUAUUACCUUUAUCCCCCUCUAUAUAUCAUAUAUAUAUAUAUACGAAUCCAUAAAGUGUCGAUUGUGUCUAUCAGGGACGAAAACUUUAAAACGGAUAAUCGGCCACUUUUCGUGCCUUAGCGAUAGCAGCGUGCUUCGUGUUCAAUCAAGGAGAUGCAUUAAGGAAGGAGCAGAGGAAAGGAAGAAGGAAUCGCGAUCCCUUCGUUCUCGUUUCAAUUCGUUCGAGGAAAAAAAUUAUUAAGGGGUUCGAGGGAUCUCUAUCCAUCGAAUAACGCUCUCGUUCUCGGAUUCUCGUGGCCGAGCCACGGAUCUACUUCUUCACCCAAACUUGUGCCUUCGUACUUCGUAUACUUAUAGCGAUAAGAUUCCGUCGUCGACCGUUCUCUCUCCAGCCUUAUCGGACGAACGGCGGAUAUCGUACGCGACGCGCGGAUAAUCCCAAUUUUUCAAAAACGCAAUUUUCCCGAAUAUUUCGCCUCCUCGACGUUUCUCUAAGAUAUAUUCUUUGGAGAGGGAGAAGAAAAAGAGAGAGAGGAAAAAAAAAUUAUCAAAAUAUCGAGACUCGAAACUUGUUAGCGUUUCUUGCGCGUUCGUUUUACGAGCAAAGGCCGAUUUUGCAGAGUACUUAAAUUUAACCACGAAUCGAACGAAGGCCUUCCAACAUUGUACACCGACGAUCGAAGCAAGCAAAAUGCUUUAUUAUAUCAUCGCGACAAUACGCUACGUAGAGACGCGUUCGAGACGAGGAGGAAUAGAGCGUUUUCGAAAAUGGCGUGCGGAAUCCCAUUUUCCAUUCGUUCGGUCAGGAUCUGAAAGGCGCUAUUAUCUUUACUCUCGUGUGUACUUAUUAUUCCGCGACAGAUGACAGAGCGGAUCGGGGAAAAAAAAAAUAAUAAUAAAGAAAAAAAAACAAGAAAAAGAGAUGGAAAAAGUACAAUCAGCGAUGCAUCGAAUCACGAUCCGACGACGAUCGAUUUUUCACGAUCGUUUUUCCUUUCCGAUCAAAAUAGAUUUCGUAUUUGGAAACUCCGGGUGUCCUUUCUCUUUUGAGUCGCGAUCAUGGUGCUCGAUACGUUUGAUAAAUCAUGUUCAGACUUGUCUAUUAUAUCGAAUCAAAAUUGAGCUUAGACUUUUAUCAUCUACUUUUCAGAAUAUAUUAUUAUUAUUAUUAUUAUUAUUAUUAUUAUUAUCAUUAUUAUUAUUAUUAUUAUUAUUAUCAUUAUUAUUAUUAUUAUUAUUAUACUUAUACUUAUACAUAUACAUAUAAAUAUACAUAUAUACACGUAAGGACACGACAUCGAGCACUAAAUGGAAGAGAGUGAGUGGAAACGUAUAGAAAUGAGUGUGAAGGUGAGAAAGAGAGGUGAGAGUUGUAUAGCGUAUAUGAUAAAAGAUAUCGAAAAUUGUUACUUAAGAUUUAAGGCUGCGGCCAGCGUAACUUAAGAGCAGAGAUCUUAAAAAAAAAAAGAAAAAAAAAAGAAAAA